AUGACGCGGAAGCUUCAACAUAUUCUGGGAGACGAUUUUUCCCAGUCUAGCAUCGCCAACUCGCUACCCCGUGCUGAAUCUACUUCUGAUUCCCUUGAAGCUGCAUUUGAAUGGGACCGCAUUCGACGAUCGGCAGCUCCAUCGCCAGAGUUACUAUCUAAGGAGUUCCAGAGACAGAAGACGCAUCCAGACAGCCAUGAGCUCGGUGUGCACUUUUACCAACGGCUAAAGGCUGCUAGCUGCCUGGGAACGGAAUUCUGGUUCCUGGGACUCAUGUAUGGGUUCCUGGGAGUCCCUGAGCUCCCAGGAAUACCCAUGCCCUUCCUGGGAGCACCCAUCCGGUUUCCAGGAACACAUAUUCAGGUCCCAGGAGACGGAGUACUUCUGGGAGCUCAAACAUCUGCCCUGCAAGCCAAGGACCUUUUGAUUAUUGCCACCCAUGUCACUACACAAUCUCAUGCCAGUUUGUCUUUCAGUCGCCACCACCGCCUUGAUACAUUCCUCGCCUCUCACCCACGUACUACGCUCAAGAUGUCAGACUCCCAGUGGCUUUGGGACCCCUUGACUAUCUGUCAGAUGGGGCCCCUUAGGGAAAAUAAGACGUGCUGUGGCAUUACCAAGAAAGGAGACGCUUGCCAGUUGAUUGUGAAGAAAGAGACCCUGAAAGAA